AAGAAAUGCAGAGCAUUUGCGAAGAUCAUGGAUCCCAAAUGACAGUGCAGAACAACCAAUUCCUAUGCUCCACCCACAUAAUUUAUCUGGCCCAAUAUUGCUUCACCACUUUUUGAACAGUGUAGAAGCUAUUUUUAUAUAUCUUUUAGCUUUAAAUAGGCCUCCUAAAUGCUCCCAAUUUCUUUCUAGCUUAGCUAUCCUCAUACCUCAUUCCUCAUUCUCUAUAUAUAUUAAUAUACACUUCACUUUCUUCUCCCACUCCUUCUCUAACAUGAACCAUGGAAUACCACCAGACCUAUCCGUACUCAAACAAUGAUAUUGAAUCUCAGACAAAUUAUUUUCAUGGUGAUCAAUCAGAUCAUUACCUUACUUCUGAGCCAAGCCUCCAGUCAGUUCCAUCCCUGUCCUCACAAUCCCACAGUCAAGAAAAUCAGCCCACCUAUCACCACUGCCUCACCACUUUGCAAGGCCACAACUCCUACAUAUCCUCUCUCACCAUAUCUGGAAACUUCAUCUAUAUCGGCUCUUCCGACAGAGAAAUCCGGUCGUGGAAGUGCAACCCUCACGUCGAGUUCAAUAACGAAAACUUGAGUGCUGAUCAUGGCAUGGUGUCUGCAGGAAAGGGAGCAGUGAAGUCCCUAGCAAUUUCAGGUGACAAGCUCUUCAGUGCUCAUCAAGAUCACAAGAUUCGAGUCUGGAAAAUCGAUAACAAUGAACCUGACCACCAAAAGUACUCGCGCUUAGCCACGUUGCCAACGCUUGGUGACCGCGCUGCUAAGCUUCUGAUGCCCAAGCACCAGGUCCAAAUAAGAAGGCACAAGAAGAGCACUUGGGUCAAUCAUGUGGACACUGUCUCUGCACUAGCCUUAUCAAGAGACGAGUCACUUCUUUAUUCUGUUUCAUGGGAUCGAACGCUCAAAGUAUGGAGCACAUCAGACUUCAAAUGUUUGGAGUCUGUGACAAAUGCACAUGAUGAUGCUAUAAAUGCAGUGGCAGUAUCAUUCGAGGAUGGACAUGUUUAUACUGGUUCAGCAGACCAAAAAAUUAAGGUGUGGAAGAAAGAGUUGGGCGAAAAGAAACAUUCUCUAAUUGCUAUAUUAGAGAAGCACAAUUCUGGGGUCAAUGCACUUGCUCUGAGCAGUGAUGGUUGCGUGUUGUACUCCGGUGCAUGUGACAGGUCCAUUGUUGUUUGGGAGAAGAUAGAUACUGAGGGUAACAUGGGUGUUGUGGGUGCGCUUAGAGGUCAUACCAAGUCCAUAUUAUGCCUGGCAGUGGUUUCAGACUUGGUAUGUAGUGGUUCUGCAGACCAAACGAUAAGAAUCUGGAGAGGGGUUGCUAGAAGUUAUUCCUGUUUGGCCUUGUUGGAAGGGCAUAAAGGUCCAGUCAAGUGUUUAACUGCUACAGUUGACCACAGCAACACAUCUGACGCGUCCAAUUAUCUCAUUUACAGUGGGGGUUUGGACUGUGACAUCAAGGUUUGGCAGGUCUUUGUUCCUUGUCAGUAGAAGACUCUUUCUCUUUUACUUGUUCUAAUCUUCUUCCUUCAGCUAAGUCUUGCCAAUUAAGAGGAGAUCUUGUUUUUCUGCUUUCUCUUCUUUUGCUAUAUGUUAGUUUCCCUUCUCUCUACUUGCUGGAGACUAUUAGUCACUUGGGUUAGGUUAGAAAUGCCUGCCUAAGAGAUAUGAAGUGUAUGAUUCAUGAGACUGUGUGAUCUUAGAGGGUGAGAUAUUCUUGUGGAAAUGGAAGUAUGAUGAAACAAGUAUGUACGCUAUCAUAUAAUAAGAAGAUCAAUGGCUUUCAUAUAAUAAGAAGA